AUGGCGAGAGCCAGGGAGUCAGAGGAGGGCACCAAGGGCUCAGCUAUGGAAGAUUCUUUGAACUGCCUGACACUCACUGGUUCUGUUAGGAGGACCCUUCAGCUCUUGGAAUCCAAGAACCAUGCCCAGGAUCCAAGAGAAGGUAGAAGUAUGGGGACCAGGCAGCUAUCAGAUGUAAAUGCUGUCCCUGAAUCAUUUCGUCUGACUCUCAGUGUCUCGUUUCCUGUUUGCCACAGGCCCUUUGCACUAUGGAGGCCAUGGCUGCCCAACCCACAGAAGGUCACCAAAGAAGCUAAGACACAGGAGAGCCCAGCCUACAGUGAAGGUUACAAGAUAAGCAAGGAGCAGCUUACAUCAUUCCGACAUCCUGUCAGGCUCUUUUGGCCCAAAUCAAGAUCCUUUGAUUAUUUGUACGCAGAGGGUGAGAAACUGCUGGAGAACUUUCCAGUCCAGGCGACCAUUAGCUUCUAUGAGGACUCUGAGGAAUCAGGCAGUGACAGGGAAGAUGAUGAAGUAGAGGAGGACAAGGAACAGAGGUCUGGAACAGCCCCUUUUCUCCAGAAGUCUAGCUGCCCUCCCUAGAGAGUAGGGCUCACCUGACUCUAGAAGCCUACCGUGACUGAGCCCUUUCCCAUGUUGCUGACUGAAGCAGCACUAAAUAUUGACUGCACUGAUGUCAUGUUUACCUCCCAUGUGUUGCCAUUUUGCUGAACAAUUGUGGCAUCUCAUGCUCAAAGGAGACUCUCUGGCUGGCAUGCUGGAAGUAGGGUAAACACUUAUAA